AUGCUCAAGCAACAUGCAUUAGUUAAACAUAGUGAUUAUCGUGAAGAACAUUAUUCGCAAUUAUUAAUAUUAAGUGAAAAUCUAAAUGAAUUCUCUCAAGAUUAUUCAGAUAGAUUAGCUACAUUUGGUGAAACAUCACUAAAUUAUAGUGGAAUUAGAAUGGAAAAUUCAUAUUAUCAAGUACUUAAUUAUAAAUUACAAGUUAAAUAA